GAAUCUUCAGUCGACCAGCGAGCUUGCAUCCCCCACCGUUCUCUCUUUUAUUCCAGUAUUUCUUUACCGCUGCAUCCUUUUCGCAUCAAAUACACCACUCUUCUUAACCAACAGAAACCCCGCGCCGCCGUCCACCAGCCAAUAUGGCCAACUACCUCGCAUCCAUUUUCGGCACCGAGCAAGACAAGGUCAAUUGCUCCUUCUACUACAAAAUCGGCGCCUGCAGACACGGCGACCGAUGCUCGCGGAAACACGUCAAGCCGUCGUACUCGCAGACCGUCCUGAUGCCCAACAUGUACCAGAAUCCUGCUUUCGAUCCCAAGAAUAGGAUGAACGCCAGCCAGCUGCAGAACCACUUUGAUGCUUUCUACGAGGACGUGUGGUGCGAGAUGUGCCAGUACGGCGAGUUGGAGGAGUUGGUUGUUUGUGAGAAUAAUAAUGAUCACCUCAUCGGCAACGUCUACGCACGAUUCAAAUACGAAGAAGACGCGCAGUCAGCCUGCGACGCGUUGAAUUCCCGCUGGUAUGCCGCGCGCCCGAUAUACUGCGAGUUAUCGCCCGUGACAGAUUUCCGCGAAGCGUGUUGCCGGUUAAAUAGCGGCGAGGGGUGUGUACGAGGCGGGUUCUGCAAUUUCAUUCACCGCAAGGAUCCUAGCGCCGAGCUAGAUCGCGAGAUGCGUCUCUCGACGAAGAAGUGGUUGAAGGAACGGGGUAGGGAUGCGCGGAGUGCUAGUCGUAGCCCGAGUCCGGAGCCUACGAGAAGGAGGUUUUAGGUGUCGUCCAGUUGUCGGGGUUUUGAUACCGGCUUUUUUCUUUUUCUUAUUGUUGUCAUGUGUGGCGUUGGGUGAUAUUCAGUUUUGCUUGAAUUUUGAAUUCGACUUCUUGGGCGCAGCGUCAGGCUGGAUGCUUAAUCUAUACUCUACGGAGUAGUGCUAGCAUUAUAUUUUACUCAUAGCUUCGUUGAAUGAAGCCGAAAAGCUCAUUGAAAUAAUCAUACAAAUUACUUGCGCCUGAUGGUCACUUGAAUAGUUCUAUGCCUCAGGUGUCAAUCGCGGAACGCGAUAUCGACGCG